GGUGACAAUUUAACCGCCUUCUCCUAGCGCUUCACCGUAAAGUUUUUAUUGUCUUGCGGUUUUAGAGCUAAACUUUCGCACUAAACUCAAAUUUACUUUUCUAUAUACGAAAAGUAUUGAUAUAGUGUGUUUUUGACCUUUUUGUGAAAUACCUGAAAGAAGAGAAGAAUCUGUGGAUAACUGAGAAGUGAUUGUGAGUGACGUAUGACCUGUAACGGCCGUUAGUUAACCAUGGGGAUCAAGACAGCCCUUCCCAAGAUUGAGCUGUACAUGUACACUGCUGUCGUCUCUCUUGCACUCUUAUGGGCAGGGAGCUGGAUCAUUGAGGCCUCCAGUGAGCAUGUAAACAGGAAGGCAUUUAGGGAGAAUGUGAAACCAGGAUGGAACUACUUCGGCCGAAAAAUGGAUGUUUCAGAUUUUGAAUGGGUUAUGUGGUUUACCACUUUCCGCAACCAUAUCCUGUUUGCCCUCUCCGGUCAUGUGAUCUUUGCUAAGAUCUGCUCGAUGAUGUCUCCAAAGCUGUCAAUGAAGACUGGUAUAGAUGCAUUCAAGAACAGAUCUUUGAUCUAUAUGGUGUAUGGAUCUCUAGCUGUCCUGAUUACUAUGGGAUGGACAUACAUCUCUCUCGUCCUGUCUCACUGCAUCAUCCUCUACAGUGUGGCCCUCGUAAAGAGGAAGUGGCUCUGCUUUGUGGCUGGACUUACCAGCCUGGCAACUUUCAAGAUGGAGCCCUUUAAUACUUGGCAGGAAGGCUUUGCGACUGGCUCCUUUGAUCUGCAAGAUGUUUUGUUCUACGGAGGCUGCGGCUUCUCCAUUAUGCGCUGUAUGAGCUUUGCUCUAGAGAACUGUGAGAAGAAAGACGGUAACUACAGUUUCUUGGAUCUGAUCAAGUACAACUUCUACCUCCCCUUCUUCUUCUUUGGACCUGUCAUGACCUUUGAUCGUUUCCAUGAGCAGGCUAACAACCCUAACUUGACUCGUAAAGAAAGAGAGAUGUGGAACAUCACCGUUCAUGCUGUGGUGCACCUUGGGGCUAUUUUGGUGGUGGAUGUCUUCUUCCAUUUCUUGUACAUUUUGACCAUCCCUGGCGAUUUGAAGCUUUUGAAGCAACUGUCUGAUUGGUCUCUGGCUGGUUUGGCAUACUCUAAUCUGGUGUAUGACUGGGUGAAAGCAGCCGUCAUGUUUGGUGUCAUUAACACGGUAUCCAGACUGGACCAUCUUGACCCCCCUCAGCCUCCUAAAUGCAUCACAAUGCUCUAUGUCUUCGCUGAAACACACUUUGACAGAGGAAUCAAUGACUGGCUAUGCAAAUAUGUCUAUGACUAUAUCGGAGAAAACCAUGAUGCUAUCUUCAAGGAGCUUCUUGCAACCAUCUGCACCUUUGCUGUCACAACUCUGUGGCUUGGACCCUGUGAGAUUGUUUACAUCUGGUCUUUCUUUAACUGCUUUGGCCUAAACUUUGAACUGUGGGUGGCUAAGUUCUUUUCUCUGCCACCAUUUUCCACCAUUGAGCGGAAUCUUAUGUCCGAGGCAAUGUCACGUCGAAUCAGGGGCUUGUUCAACGCUGUUAACUUCUGGCAAAUUAUCCUGUACAACGUCCUGGCACUGAACAGUCUGGAUUUUGCUCAGCUGGUUGCUAAGAGACUGCUUCUUAAAGGCUUCCCCUUGUCCACUCUCUCGGUGCUGUUUGUGACUUACUGUGGUGUGCAGCUGAUAAAGGAGAGAGAGCGAAAGCAGGCCCUACUAGAUGAUCCGGAACCAGUGCCGCCCCCAGAGGCAGGCAAACAGAAGGCCGAGUAAAGGACAGAGAGGUCAUUGAAUCCGAUCCAGCUCUUGAGGUCCCUCUUGUUAAUUCUGCCCCUGAGCUUUCAUGCCAGACUGAAGCAGUCCCAUCACUAUGGUCACUGCUUUGCACAACUCUGUUUUAAAAACACAACGUUUUAACUGUGAAUAGUUCUGAAGUGCACUUGCUGUAGUCAAAUGCAACCUGUUCUCCGAAUCUAAUCUAGCACAGACAAACCAAGAAGUGCAUUUUUUAUUUAUAUUUUCAGUGGAUGGCUUUGUAAAGGGAUGGGCUUGCCAAAUAUUUUAUGAAUAAAUAAUAUAUUGAACAAUAAAAAGAAUAUUUACAACGUU